AUGGCAGUGGUCAAUCUAGGCCAGUGGCUGAACACAGUAGUGCAGGAGGUGAUGACGUCAUCGAAACCUACCACGGAAAGCCAGCGCGUACCGCUAACAGCGCUUGCGCCAUAUCGCGAUGUCGUCAACUACCAACAUGCAGAAAAUAUCAGUCAGCUGCAGUUGGAUGUACACAGUGGAAACACGAGUGGCAUUGUCCUGGCGGAAAAUGAUGGUAAGUUAGUUGAUUACCCUGCCUGCCUGCCCCCUCCCCUGACAGCCGUCCGCAUUUCACUGAAUAGGGAAGAGGUCAAAUGGACGCCUUAG